AUGAUAUAUCUUGAUGACAUACUGAUUUAUAGUCAAACAUUAGAAUCCCAUAACGAGAUACUGCAAAAAGUCCUAAAAAAAGUUCAUCAAAUCAAUUUAAAGUCUAAUAAAGAUAAGUGUAAUUUUCUAAUGAAAGAAGUGAAGUAUUUAGGUCACAUUUUUAAUCAAAAUGGAAUGUGUCCUGAUCAAGCAAAAGUUAGUGCAAUAUGUCACCUACCAUCACCUAAGGAUAUAAUGGAGCUUAAACAUUUUUUGGGAAUGAAUAUAGCAUUUCAUUGGUCAGAGAAACAGCAGUCAGAGUUUCAAUUAUUAAAGGAGGUAAUAGUCUUAAAGUUAUAUAUAAACAUAUCACAUAUUUGUAUGUUUCUUUGCAGAUACAAUAUAUGUUCAUCAGAGGAAAAUAAAGAAAUAAAAUAUUUAGAUGAUGAUGAAUCAAAAUCUUCUCAUGAAACUAUUCAAGACAAUCAACCAAUAAUUCAAGAAGAAUCCUUAUUCAGACCUUCUAGUGAAUUACCUUUGUGUUGGGAACAACAUUCCAAACUUUUACCUGGUGUUUGUCACAUAGCAGGUCAUAUGGUAUCUAAAUGGUCUAUUGGUCAGGUAGCAGAUUUUGUUGCUACUCUUCCAGGUUGUGAAGAUAAAUCAAGGAUUUUUAGUGAAGAGGUAUGUUUAAUAAUUAUAUUAUAUUACAUUUUGAGUUAUAUUGUGCUAAAAUUUUAA